AUGGAUGAGCAUUACUCACCAUUGCAAAACCAGUUGGAUGAUGAUGAGGAGCUAGGGCGACACAUGGACGGUUUCUUUGGUGAUCCUGCACAUGCACCUCCGCCGUCCAGCCUUGAUGUAUUUCUGCUGAUUGUGACAUGGGGUCAGGACAUUUCUGCAAGACUUAUGGACUUGGCUCACAGUAACCAGACCAGUAUCUAUGUUCUCUCUGCCCUUGGUGGACUGUCAUGGGUUGGGCUCAUUCUAGAUUCUAUUGCUGGAAAUACCGCCAUCUAUGAGGGUCCGUUGCACAUUUUCAGUCUAACUGUCUACGUAAGAGCUAGUCUUUGUGGUGUGAUGACGAACCCGGAAACCAGGGUCAAGAAGGGGACGGAAGAAACAAUGGAGGCAACGAUGGCCAAGGAGGUGUUGGCGGAAACAAUGAAGGGCCUGCCGGCAACUAGGACAACGAUGGCCAAGGAGCAGCUGGCGGAAACAAUGGAGGGCCUGCCGGGAACGAUGGUCAUGGUCCACCUCAAGGCAAAUCUUUACGUAGAAAAUGACUAUGAGCUAGGGAAGCCCAUAUUGCUUAGUGACUUUGACCGGGUUUCCUGUCGUUUAGAGGAUUCUGGAUUUUUUGAAUUUGAGGUGAAAAGCAAAAACGACCAAUUUGCUAUUGCCAUCCUUAUUCCUUCUGGUUGUUUUGCAAGAUUUGUUGUUCAUCAACUAACGGUGGAGGCCAUGGAGGACAUCAUUGCUCGAGUCAGAGCCGUUGUUGUGGACCAGCAUCCGACGUUCGCAACUGUUUCAAUGGUGUUGGGUAAUGUUCUCGCUCCUGUACUAUUUCAUGGGAACAAUCUUACCAUAGUCCUGGUUGGUGGUCAGGACUACACCCUUCUACGUUUGGGGUUGUCUUACCUGAAUCAUAGACGGAUUGGCCUCCCUAUGGUCAUUAUGAGAGGCAAUCAGAGCAAUGCUAUGUACACCGGAGCCUUGCAUCAAAAUGGUGUGCUGACUGCAUCUGGGAUAGUACUGGUGGAAGUAGCUUUGUGGUUCCCAUAG